AUACAUCAUUUCCGGUUACACAGACUUUCAAUGGCGCUACACGGUGAGUCUAGUCACAAAUGGAAAUAACAUGUCGUUUAGUAGAGAGUAGUGAUGAACAGCUACAGCGCGGUAAGUUUUGCUCGCAACUAUGACUUGAGUCACCUAUCAAAAAUGCUAAAUGGUAUAAUCAAAACACGCACACGCUGUUGUGUAUUGCCGGGAGUAGCAUCCAUGCUCGCGCGGACACAUGUCACUGCUCCGAAAAAACAAACCGAGAACAAGCCUCCAUUGAGGGCAAUUGACCUUGCACAAAAAAUCCGACGAGAGAAAGUGCAAGAAGAAAAGACGAGUGCCCCAAAGUCCCCGCUGGAAAAGAGCGUUUUUGAACUUAGACAAUUGAGCCAGCAGCUGCAAAAUGUUCACCCAAACGUGCUGGCAAAGCACCUCCACAAAAGUAUAAUCUUUCAAAACCAGGAACUGAUUGUCAUCAAUAAGCCUUAUGGCGUGCCUGUACAAGAGGGCUCAGCGGCCAAGAACAGCAUAUACAGUGUUCUCCCAAUCCUCGCCAAGAUGAUGGACGGAAUGAAAGGUGGAUCUCAGCUGCAUACCUGUAUAGGAUUAGACAAGGAGAUCACAGGCGCACUACUGUUGACCAGAAACGAGGAGGUGGCAAUCCACAUACAGGACCUCCACAAACACCAUCAGGUGGAGAGAAAAUAUUUGGUCGUCUCCGUGGGCGUGCCCGUGCCGUCUGAGGGCGUGAUCGACAUCCCUGUCAUAGAGAGAGAAGUCACAGGCUCCCAGCCUCAUUUCAAGAUGGGUCUGAGUCCCGUGUACCGGAUGAGUGACAGCGGGGAGGGGGUGACCAGGGUGCGGGCCCACCGGCAGGCUCAUGGAGCCGUGACCAAGUACCGUGUGCUGGAGAGCAACAACGGCUGCAGCCUUGUGGAGCUUCAACCAAUAACUGGAGUAAAACACCAGAUGAGAGUCCACAUGGCUUAUGCUCUGGGAUGCCCCAUCAUCGGGGACCACAAAUACGCCCACUGGAACAAACUGGCACCUCAGAGAUUACCUGAUGCUGUGUUAAAGAGGCUUGGGAUUCAGCAGAGCAAGGUGCGGUACCUCCCUCUUCACCUGCACGCCCGCCAGCUGACUCUGCCAGGGUUCAAAGGUCAGGACGACAUCACCGUGUCCUGCCCCCUGACCAGGUUCUUCGUCAGCACGCUGCGGAAACUGCAGAUCUCCCUCCCAGAUUACAGGACGGAUGAGACCCUGUGACUUUUGACACUGACAGAUCGGUAGCUUCCAGCAUAAUAUUCCAGUUUCAGAAUGAUACAGGAAGUAGUAUAUCCUGAUGAUGUCAUGGUUGGACUGUAUCCACCACUAGAUGUCAGCAGAGGUUAAACACACACACAAGUUUCAGUAACUUCGUAAUUGAUUUGUUGUGAAAUAUUAAGUCAUUGUUACUUUAAAAAUAGCAGUCAUGUUGAUGUAACUGUUUUAAAACAAAAUCUGGAAUUUCAAUGUAUAAAUCCUCUACCUAAGUUUACAGAUGACAGUGCUGUAAACUUAUUCUCAUAUUUGUUUAUAAAACAGAGUGCAUGGUGGUGUGGCAAUGG